GAACAUCAACACAAAAAAACAACAAAAAUGUCUCUGCUAACGGGAAGUGCAAAUUGCAUUAAAUAUGUUUUAUUUGCUUUCAAUUUAGUUUUUAUGCUAACUGGCAUUAUUUUAAUUGCCGUUGGUGUUGGCGUCGCUGCCAUCUACACCGAAUAUGAAGCCUUUUUGGUAUCGAAAUUCUUUUCGAUUCCCACCUUCCUGAUUGUCAUUGGCUCCUUCAUCAUUGUCAUCUCCUUCUUCGGCUGCUGGGGUGCCUUGAAAGAGAACUACUGCCUCGUCUUGACCUUCUCCGUGCUGUUGGGUAUGAUUUUCAUUUUGGAAUUGGCCGCCGGUAUUAGUGGUUAUGUUUUGCGUUCGGAUGCCGAAUCCCUGAUUAAGGUUACCCUAACCGACUCGAUGAAGGAAUACAAUUCGAAUCACACCAAUGAUGUUACCAUCCUGUGGGAUUAUGUUCAAAGGACUUUCACCUGUUGUGGUGUGGAAAGUUACAAAGAUUGGGAUCCCAUUCUGAAGGGUGAAUUGCCUUUGUCCUGUUGCCGCACUCCCGUCGGCCAUGUUGGCGCCUUCACCUGUACCACCAACAAUGAAGAUGUCAAUCGUUACAGUUUGGGCUGCUUGAGUGAAUUCUCCAAUUACAUUGCUGCCCAUGCUGUGAGCUUGGGCGCCGCCGGUGUUGUCAUUGCCAUCAUACAGUUCUUUGGUGUCUUGUUUGCCUGCUACAUUGCCCGUGAAAUCAAAAUACGCAAUGGCAUUACCGGUUUUAUGGGUUAAGAAGUCCUCAUAAGGAAGGUAGAAGAAGAAGA